CCUGCUGAGCUUCAACGACUUACCAUACCAUCUCAAGUCCUGUUUCUUGUACCUCGGCAUCUUCCCACAGAACCAUCUGAUCGAGACAAUGAGACUGAAAAGAUUGUGGAUUGCAGAAGGAUUGGUUGAAGUAAAAGAAGGAAAGAAACCGGAAGAUGUUGCAGAAGACUACCUCAACGAGCUAUUAAACAGAAGCCUGAUACAAGUGGCGGCCAAGACUAGCGAUGGAAGGGUGAAAACAUGCCGGAUCCAUGAUCUUCUGCGCGAAAUCGUCAUCUCAAAAUCGAGGGAUCAGAACUUUGCAGUAGUGGCUAAAGAGCAGGACGCUCCAUGGCCGGAAAAGAUGAGUAUACUGCGAUGCAAAUCGUUGGAGAAGGUACCGUUGGGCAUUGAACAUCUGAGCAUGCUGAAAGCGCUUGAAUUCUUUGAGAUGGAGGAGCUGAUCAACACCCUUCGUCCCGGAGUAGAUGGUGGAGAUUACUGCAGGGUUAAACGGAUUCCGGAAGUGUAUUUCACCUAUUGUAGGAACGGAGAAUGGGAGGUGUAUUCCUUGGAGAGUUCUGGGGAGAUGGUGCCCGGUGAACCGAGGGACAUAGUGCAGAAAUGAAUAAUAAUGGGAAAAUUUCUUUAUGGUACACUUUUUUUUUUUUUUCAACAUUUAAUCAUGAUACUAGUUCGAACAGUUGGCAUUGAA